AUGGGCAUGCGAGUAAUGAACUCGGUCAGCAACGCAGCGGCCACCAGACAAAUCCGUCGCAUCAUCUUGCAUUCGCAAUACGACCAAUUCACCUCCGACUAUGACAUCGCCCUUCUAGAACUAAGUGCCCCUGUCUUUUUCAAUGAGUUGGUACAGCCCGUCUGCAUUCCUGCCUCCUCUCACGCCUUCACCUCCGGAACCAGCUGCUUUGUCACUGGAUGGGGGGUUCUGUCAGAAGAAGGUGAAUUGGCCACAUUGUUGCAAGAGGCCACCAUUAACAUCAUCAGUCACAACACUUGUAAUAAAAUGUAUGACGAUGCGGUCACUCCCAGAAUGCUUUGCGCCGGAAACAUUCAGGGAGGAGUGGAUGCUUGUCAGGGAGACUCUGGGGGACCUUUAGUGUGUCUGGAACGUGGCCGGAGGUGGUUUCUAGCAGGCAUUGUGAGCUGGGGUGAGGGCUGUGCCCGACAGAACCGGCCUGGAGUUUACACACGUGUCAUAAAGUUCACAGACUGGAUUCACCAGCAGACGAAAGGCCAGGUGUGACUAACACACGCACACAUAUAUUUACACCAGAGAACGGGUGAUUGGCCCACACUCAGUUGCAUGUGAUCGAGGUGCACCGGCCCAGCUCUCAUGGUGCCCAGACACACAGCAAACAUCAACACCUCUGCAUCGGAAGCAAUUUCCCACCAAUUCCUGUUGCUCAGCGUUUGAAACCUCUACCCACGGUCUGCCAGCAGCUCCAUUCCCCUCUUUAUGCCCCAAAUUCGUAAGAACCACCUACAAACCAACUGUAUUCCAUAAAGCCUCGACAGUGGACUGCUAGUGUCGAGAUUGAGGAGAUUAUUUGCAGUGGAAAGAGUUCUCUUGGGUUUUUGUUAUCACAAAGAUUAUUGGCUUCUCCCUUAUUGGGAGAGAGCAGCUGCAGCCCCUAAGACUCUCUCUACUGGUCGUGAUUUGACAUUACAUCUUACUCAGUACUUCUUUAGUUAUGCACACAUUAGGAUCUGUAUACCUGAAAAACCAGAUGUAAAUGUCAAAACUGAGCAAAUGUUGAUACUUUAUAUUAGAUAUAUGAAAAUAGAAUUAUAUUAAAAA